AACUAGGCCCCGCCCCGCCUCCUCGCGUCACCGGAAGUGAGGCCGCGGAAGUAGUAAAACCCGCUCUGUGGGAGGCGGGCGCGCCUUGGAGGUGGCUGGCUGCUGGAAUGGCAGAUGAAGAAGAAGACCCCACCUUUGAGGAAGAAAAUGAAGAAAUUGGAGGAGGUGCAGAAGGUGGACAGGGUAAAAGAAAGAGACUUUUUUCUAAAGAAUUACGGUGUAUGAUGUAUGGGUUUGGGGAUGACCAGAAUCCUUAUACUGAGUCAGUAGAUAUUCUUGAAGACCUUGUCAUAGAGUUCAUCACUGAAAUGACUCACAAGGCAAUGUCAAUUGGAAGACAAGGUCGGGUACAAGUUGAAGAUAUCGUCUUCUUGAUUCGAAAGGACCCAAGAAAGUUUGCUAGGGUUAAAGACUUGCUUACUAUGAAUGAAGAAUUGAAACGAGCUAGAAAAGCAUUUGAUGAAGCACUAUGGAUCUUGACACCUUUUGUACUUUCUGAAGCUUCAUUAUUUUCUGGGGAAACCAUAUUUAAUAACUAUAUUUUCCACAGUAAGGUUCUGAUAUCUAGCCAUGUCAAUGAAAGAUAGAGAACCACAAAGUUUUCAGUCUUUAUUUUCAUGUCUUCAAUUUUAGAGUGUUAUUUGAGCCUUUAAUUGCCUGCCAUCAUAUUACCAUACUUUGAAUUACUUACUGGAUUUUAAUGACCACAUGUACGUCAAAGUACCUUGCAAACCAUUCAGUUCCUUCUGAUUUUUUGCCAUUGUAGGCUGUACUGUGGCUGUUUAAUAUGUGAAAUCUAAAUGGUACCUUUGAUAGCUAAGACAUGUGUUUCAUGUUUCUAAAGUUUUUAGAUUACAGUAGUCUAAGUUAUUAAAAGAUAGUGAACUGGUUUGUGUUUCUUUUAAGGAGAAAAAGAUAGAAAAUACAGCCUUUUUAAAGAGUGUUUAUUUGUCUUAAGAUAAUUUGUUUUAAUACUCUUCUUUAGAUAAUGAGUGAUUUUUUUGAUUUUAAUUUUUUUAUUUUUUGAGAAACUAAAAGUUUCCUAUGAAUGCUUCUGUGUUGGAAGACCUAUUUGAUUUAAAAUCUUUGGGGCUUAUACUGUUUGUCAGGUUUUAAGAGAACUCAUUUCCCCAGGUCAAAUUAAAGCUUCUAAAUAUAAGUGUUUUCAGUAGCAGGAAUGGCAUUGCUGAAAAAGCUGAUGGUAGGAUAAGCAUUUGGGGCAGUGUUUUAUUAACAUAUUUGUUAGUACUUGUUCAUUGUGGAAACGUGUACUUGACUAAGACCAUGUGUGGCUAUGGAAACCACUUUUGUAGUUCAGCAUAUACAGGUUUUGUGUGUAUUUAGCUUACUGUAUUAUUCUUGCACUUAGCAUAAAGUAAGGAUUUAAAAUUGCAUUUAAGGGGAUCAUUGGAUAUUACUGUUUGUGAAACUGAAUGUUUUGUGUGCCGCUUAUAAACAUUAUCUAUGAAUCAGUACUUAGGAAAAUUUUACUUAACCUAUCAAUAUAAGGAAUAAAGUAUGAAAAAUUAAAAA